ACGUUGACUUUGGCGUUUCUUUCCGUUCUGUGCACGAAACAAACAUUGUAGAAAGUAGGGCCCCUAUGAAUAUCCUCGUCGUAUUCUUCUGAAAUUUUGUAGUUUCGUGAAACAGUGGAUGUGUUUUUGCUAAUGUUUUGGGUAAGUAAUGUUCCAUAGCUGCGAAGCAGCUUAGUGCUUUACAAAGUCGGACAAUCCCGUUUUAGACAUGUCCAUGAAGGCCCCAGAAGAGCUGGGCGCCGUCACAAUGAAAAUGGACGGAGUCAAGUCAGUUAAUCCUUUAGUUGAAAGGUCUCCAUCACCUGCUUGCUUAGCAUACACGUCUGAAAAGCACCCUAGGGCUUGCCUUGCAGAAAUUAAUCUACUUAGAAGUCACAGAGAACUCUGUGAUGUUGUGCUGAAUGUAGGCAUCAGGAAAAUUUUUGCUCACAGAGUCAUAUUGUCAGCAUGUAGCCCUUACUUCAGAGCAAUGUUUACUGGUGAGCUAGCAGAAUCCAGACAAACUGAAGUGACAAUUCGGGAUAUUGAUGAACAGGCUAUGGAAUUGCUGAUAGACUUUUGCUACACUUCCUACAUUCUCGUGGAAGAAACAAAUGUGCAGACAUUACUCCCUGCCGCGUGUUUGUUGCAACUACAAGAAAUUCAGGAUGUGUGUUGUGAGUUUCUGAAGCGGCAGCUUGACCCCUCAAACUGCCUUGGCAUUAGGGCUUUUGCAGAUACACACUCUUGCAGAGAAUUGUUGAGGAUUGCUGAUAAAUUUACUCAACAUAAUUUCCAAGAAGUGACGGAAAGUGAAGAAUUCCUCCUUCUGCCUGUCAAUCAGCUCAUCGAUAUAAUCUCUAGCGACGAACUCAAUGUUAGAUCCGAAGAGCAAGUUUUUAACGCUGUGCUCGCCUGGGUCAAAUACAACGUAGCUGAACGGAGAGGUCAUUUGCCUCAGGUUUUACAGCACGUUAGGUUGCCUCUUCUUAGUCCAAAAUUUCUGGUGGGAACCGUAGGCUCAGAUCUGCUCAUUAAGAGCGACGAGGCUUGUAGAGACCUGGUGGAUGAAGCUAAAAAUUAUCUCCUGUUGCCUCAAGAACGACCUUUGAUGCAAGGCCCAAGAACGAGACCACGGAAACCCGUUCGUAGGGGCGAAGUCUUAUUUGCAGUUGGAGGCUGGUGCAGUGGAGAUGCCAUUGCCUCGGUGGAGCGUUACGAUCCACAGACAGGCGAGUGGAAGCUGGUGGCUCCAAUGUCCAAACGAAGAUGUGGCGUAGGAGUGGCCGUUCUUAGUGAUUUACUGUACGCAGUUGGCGGUCACGACGGCCAGUCUUAUCUGAACAGCAUAGAACGUUACGACCCGCAGACCAAUCUCUGGUCGUCAGAAGUGGCACCCACAUCCACAUGCCGAACUAGUGUGGGUGUGGCUGUUCUUGAUGGCUAUUUGUACGCAGUCGGAGGUCAGGACGGUGUCAGUUGUCUGAACUAUGUCGAACGAUACGACCCCAAAGAGAACAAAUGGAGCAAAGUGGCUUCGAUGAACACUCGCCGAUUAGGUGUUGCUGUAGCUGUAUUAGGUGGCUACCUCUAUGCCGUUGGUGGUUCUGACGGCCAAAUGCCUCUAAAUACUGUGGAGCGAUACGACCCACGACAGAACAAAUGGACAUUGGUCGCCCCAAUGUCAACAAGAAGGAAACAUUUGGGCUGCGCCGUUUACAAUAAUUGGAUCUAUGCCGUGGGUGGACGUGAUGAUGCUACAGAACUCUCGUCGGCCGAGCGUUACAAUCCCAAUACAAACACGUGGAGCCCGAUAGUGGCCAUGAGCUCGAGAAGAAGUGGUGUUGGACUUGCUGUUGUCAAUGGGCAGCUAUAUGCAGUUGGCGGCUUUGACGGUUCCACGUAUUUGAAAACCAUUGAGGUCUACGAUCCGGAACAGAACCAGUGGCGUCUAUGUGGCACUAUGAACUAUCGACGACUUGGCGGCGGAGUAGGAGUUGUCAAAAUGCCUCAACACGAGACACAUCUGUGGAUAAGAACUACCUCACAGUCUGCCCCUGCAUUUAUUUCUGCAUCACCACCUGGAUUUGUUAGUCUAGAAGAAAUUAUGAAAGCAGCAAACAGUGUUUCGAAGAUGGCUUUGGCCCAUGAUAUAGCCGUUGAUGAUGAUUUCCAUUUGGAAAAAGUGGAAUUGCCAAGUGGAAGCAUCCAAAAAAAGAUCAAAGAGAUAGCACACCAAGCCUUUUGGGAUCUGUUGAAAGAAGAGUUUGAACAAGAUCCUCCACAGUAUGAAAGAGCUCUGACAUUGUUAGAAGAAAUUAAAGAGUGGCUUUUGUCCUUAUUGUUACCCCAUCAAACCAGAACUCAGCAAGAAAUCAAAGACAAGUUGGACACAGAAUUGAUCAGACAGCAAAUUAGUGCAGGAACUCUGGAUUUGCAUAGUUAUUCACAGUAUAUAAUUUCACUUAUGGCAAGACUCUGUGCUCCAGGCCGUGAUGAUAAAAUAAGGGAAUUAACAGCCAUGAAAGAUAUCGUUGCACUUUAUAAAGGCAUCUUUGAGACUUUAGAAUUAAUGCGAAUUGACAUGGCGAAUUUUACUAUCCGGAUGUCUCGUCCGCACAUUGCAGCGUGCAGUGUUGAAUAUGAACGUAGCAAAUUCGAAGAUUAUCUCAAAAUUACUCCUGAUGGAUUACGAAACACACGGGCGUGGCUGCAUCGCAAUCGGAAGGAAAUUUCAGCCGGUUCGGCGAGCGCCAGUAACAACGUGCAAAUCAUCCCUUCUGUUCUGGUUGAUGCAUUCAUGGAAUUACUCUGCUGGGACGGCACUCAUCCAUGGCCUGAAACGGUAGCUAUGGAUGAACAGCGGUUCGCAGAAAUGCGACAAAAACUCAAGGGCAUUCAGAUAUUGAGUUCAAUUCUUCUAGUCUCGUUGAACCGUGAUAUUGGGUUGCAGCAACCAUCGCCAGAUUUCCGCAACAGUGUGAAAGAGCAUGCUGCUGUUGUCCUGGGAGAUGCUAGAUCUCCGGAGGAACUGGAGACUGUAUUACCUAAUGUGGGAGCCCAGGUGGUAGAAGAUAUCAACAAAGCCCUGAAAAAGCAAGGUACUCCGGAACUGUCGGAAGAAAAUAAGAAACUGAUCGUUGCUGAAAUAUUGGCUCUACGUGACCCCGGAAAUCGAGUGAUGGAAAUCAUACACUCUCGUCUCAUGGAUUUUCUGAAGCAAGUCAUCAGUAAUGAAGUGGCUCGUCCUACUCAAAUUCCGAUGGGUCUCUCGUUGUUCAAGUCGGAGAUAGCCGGCGUCGCUGGACGUUUUGCGCGUCUCGUGUCCCACAAUCGAGCCGUUUUUGCGCAACAUUAUGCAAACCUGAUUCAAGAGGAAGCUUGAAAAUAACGUUUCUCAGGGAACUUAGCUCAAGGUAUCACAUUUUUCUUUUACCUUGAGCAAACUUCAAAACAAAGAAAGAUUUGCUUUUUGACAUUUAAAAAAUUUGAAACUUGCGACAUUUAUGAAUUCUCCGUUUAUGAUCCUGGUAAAAGAAGAACUGACCUCUAAUAGUUAAGUAGUUUGGAUAUAACAUAUCCUGUGAAAUCAGACACAACGAAAAUCGGCUUCUCUUUUUGAUUGCAAAAGAAUGUUUAAGUGUAGGACAAAGCAAAUAUCGACAGAAAUCUCGUUUAAACAUCAAUG